GCGGACCCCUUUGAGCCUCAGCGCUCUUGGGACAAACAUGGAGAGGGUAGUUAGUCUCGCUCAGAUGCUCGCGAGCGCAAUUGCCGCCACCAUUCGCGACGCGCCGCGGCUCAAGCACGGACCUUACGUCAGUCCCCAGUUUCUCAAUUUCCAUGCGACACUUACUACUACUACUACUACCACUACUACUACUACUCCACAUACCCUCGAACCGUCAAAAUGGCCAAGGAGAAGAACUACAACCCCGUCCAAGAAGCCAAAAAGGCCGAGAAGCAGAAGCAGAUCCGCAAGCAAAAGGCCAACCUCCAGACCCAGCGCAACGAGAAACUCGCGCGCCGAAACCCACAUCGCAUACAGCGCGACAUUGACAACCUCAAAGAACUCGACCAGAGCGGCGCCAUACGGCCACAUGAGCGACAACGGCUACAGGAGCUGGAGAAGGAUCUCACAGCAGUGAACAAAGCGCGCGCCGCGCUGGGGGACAAAGCGCCAGUCUUCAAACCAGAGCGACAAUACAACAACAAUGACGAUAAUAGAGAGAGGGGCGCAGAGCAGAGAGACCGACGCGCCGGCGUCCUGGGCAAGAGAUCACGAGACGGCCAGCGCAAAGACACGGAUAGCAGUGACACCGACGACGACGUGAAGCGCAUACCCAUGCCACGCGACACACCACCGCCAAUACCAAAACGCUUCCUCCAGCCCGAACAAGACGACGCUUCUGCUGCUACAACCGCCGCCGCCGCCGAACCAAAGAAACCAACCAUUGUCUACGAAGCCGCGCCCCAAGUCCGCGAUCUGCGCAAGGAAGCAACCAAAUUCAUGCCCGCGUCCGUGGCGCAGAAGAUCAAGUUGGCAAAGGGCGAGGGACGCCUACUUGAGCCGGAAGAGUUUGACAAGCUGAGAGACGAGGGUUAUAUGAAUGAGAAGAAGAAGGAGGAGGAGGAGGAGAACAAGUCGACGGCAGCAGGGAAAGAGCAAGCGGAGAAGAAGACGGCGGCGCAAACGGCCGACGAGGAAGAAAUAGACGCCUUCUUGGAAGGCGUGCAGAAUGCAAGUGUCAAAGAUGCGGUAGAACGGGCCGCCGAGGCUGCGGUGCAAGAAGCCGAGUAUGAGAUGAUGGCUGCGGAGGCCCAAGGGCAGAUGGAAGGUAUAUCUGGGGAAGCGAGGACGGCGGAGAAUAAGCUUAACCAUGUGUCGAUGGAGGAGGUGGAAGAUGAGGACUUGUAGGCGUGGCUAAGUUUUAUCAAGGAAGCUCGUUCCAUGUCUUAGGUGGUUUGUCUAAUGAUGGGACUUGAAAAAUGUUUCAUGAAGCUUUACGUGUCGUUGUCGCACUGAUGAGGAACGUGGCAACAAUAC